AUGGCGACCAAGUUCCUUGCACUAUCGUGCCUGCGAAACGGCGCCGGCGCCGGCGAUCACACACGCCAAUUGUCGCCUAACCCUCGAUACCCUUCCAUGCCCAAGUACCCAAAAGGCGUUUCCGCGCAACAAACCAGCUCCCUGCCGGAGUUCCCCGAGUCAAAGGCGGUGUUCUCCGUCAUCGGAAUGACUUGCUCCGCCUGCGCCGGCUCCGUCGAGAAGGCCGUCAAGCGUCUCCCCGGCAUCCGCCAGGCCGCCAUCGACGUUCUCAACAACAGAGCUCAAGUUCUCUUCUUCCCGAACUUCGUCGACGAGGAGACAAUCCGCGAAACCAUCCAAGAUGCUGGGUUCGAGGCCAAGUUAAUCGACGGCGAAACAGGUCUUGAUAAUUCUUCACAAGUAUGCCGAAUACGCAUCGUUGGCAUGUCCUGCACAUCUUGCUCGUCAACGUUGGAACAAACCCUUCAAGCCAUGCAAGGAGUACAAAAAGCUCAAGUAGCCUUAGCAACCGAGGAAGCAGAAGUUAUCUAUGACGCCAGAAUCUUAAACCACGGCCAACUCCUUAAAACCAUUGAAGAUUGUGGGUUUGAAGCGAUAUUCAUUAGCACAGGCGACCAAAUGGACAAGAUAACACUUAGAGUCGAAGGAACGACGACCGAAGAUUCGAUGACAAUGAUUGAGAAAUCCCUUCAAGCACUCCCCGGAGUUCAAACCAUCGACAUGGACCUGGAGCUCCACAGAGUCUCCAUUGCUUAUAAACCGGACCGGACCGGUCCUAGAAGCUUCAUCAAAGUGAUCGAGUCAACCGGGUCGGGUCGUUACAAAGCCAUGAUAGAAGCUGGCCAUGGAGGAAGAGAUAGCCACAAGCAGGAAGAAAUCAAGCAGUACUACAGAUCUUUCUUAUGGAGUUUGGUCUUCACUGUUCCUGUGUUUCUUCUAGCCAUGGUUUUUAUGUACAUCCCUGGAAUCAAGCACGGUCUGGACACUAAGAUAGUCAACAUGCUGACUGUAGGAGCUCUUUUGAAGUGGGGGUUAUCAACUCCAGUGCAGUUCGUCAUCGGUAGACGAUUCUACACCGGUUCGUAUAAAGCGUUGCGCCAUGGUUCAGCCAACAUGGAUGUACUGAUUGCCUUGGGGACAAAUGCAGCCUAUUUCUACUCUGUCUACUCUGUUCUGAGAGCUGCAACGUCUCCAAACUUUGAGAGCACCGAUUUCUUCGAGACCAGCUCGAUGCUGAUAUCGUUCAUUCUGCUGGGAAAGUAUCUUGAGGUCCUGGCUAAAGGGAAAACGUCUGAGGCCAUUGCUAAGCUCAUGGAUUUAGCACCUGAUACUGCAAUACUGUUGACCAUGGAUGAUGAAGGUAACGUGAUGGGCGAGGAAGAAAUUGACGGUCGAUUGAUUCAGAAGAAUGAUGUGAUUAAGAUCAUACCUGGUGCGAAAGUAGCUUCAGAUGGGUAUGUGGUAUGGGGGCAGAGUCAUGUGAAUGAGAGCAUGAUUACAGGGGAAGCUCGCCCCGUGGCGAAGAGGACAGGGGAUCCAGUGAUCGGAGGCACGGUGAAUGAGAAUGGUGUGUUGCAUGUUAAGGCGACGAGAGUUGGUUCCGAGAGUGCUCUUUCUCAGAUUGUUCGUCUUGUCGAGUCGGCUCAGAUGGCGAAAGCUCCUGUGCAGAAGUUUGCUGACCGCAUCUCCAAGUACUUCGUGCCACUGGUGAUUAUUCUCUCACUUUCGACUUGGCUGGCAUGGUUUUUGGCUGGGAAAUUGCACGGCUAUCCAGAGUCUUGGAUCCCACGUUCCAUGGAUAGCUUUCAAUUAGCUCUGCAGUUUGGAAUCUCGGUCAUGGUGAUAGCUUGCCCUUGCGCUCUUGGACUGGCAACUCCUACUGCUGUCAUGGUUGGCACUGGAGUUGGCGCGUCCCAGGGUGUCCUCAUCAAAGGUGGCCAUGCAUUAGAAAGUGCACACAGGGUCGACUGCAUUGUAUUUGACAAGACGGGAACUCUCACGGUUGGAAAACCGGUCGUUGUCAACACAAAGCUCCUGAGAAAUAUGGUGCUCAGCGACUUCUAUGAACUUGUUGCUGCUGCAGAGGUGAACAGCGAGCAUCCUUUGGGCAAGGCAAUUGUGGAGUAUGCCAAGAAGUUCAGAGAAGAUGAAGAAAAUCCUGCCUGGCCGGAAGCACGUGAUUUCAUCUCCAUCACAGGCCACGGAGUCAGGGCCAGCGUUCGCAAUAAGGAAAUCAUAGUUGGAAACAAGAGCUUGAUGCUUGAUGAAAAAAUAACCAUUCCGAUUGAUGCUGAAGAGAUGCUGGCGGAAACUGAAGAAAGGGCUCAAACUGGAAUUCUGGUAUCAAUUGAUAAGGAGGUGACUGGAGUUCUAGCAAUAUCUGAUCCAUUGAAACCUGGUGCACAAGAAGUCAUCUCAAUCCUCAGGUCUAUGAGAAUCGAGAGCAUCAUGGUGACAGGUGAUAACUGGGGGACUGCCAAUUCCAUUGCCCGAGAAGUUGGGAUCAAUAACGUUGUUGCAGAAGCCAAACCUGAGCAGAAAGCUGAGAAAGUUAAAGAACUCCAGGCUGCAGGUCGUGUAGUGGCGAUGGUAGGUGACGGGAUAAACGAUUCGCCAGCACUCGUUGCAGCAGAUGUUGGAAUGGCAAUUGGUGCAGGAACAGAUGUUGCCAUUGAAGCAGCUGACAUUGUUCUGAUGAAGAGCAACUUGGAAGAUGUGAUCACUGCAAUAGACCUCUCAAGAAAGACCUUUGCCCGCAUUCGUCUAAACUACAUAUGGGCUCUGGGUUAUAACCUCCUUGGCAUUCCAAUAGCCGCAGGAGCUCUUUUCCCUGGGACUGGAUUCCGAUUGCCACCGUGGAUUGCUGGAGCGGCAAUGGCAGCCUCUUCAGUCAGUGUAGUCGUGUGUUCACUCAUGUUGAAGAAUUACCAGAAGCCUAAGAAGCUGGAAAACCUGGACAUUCGAGGAAUAAGGAUCGAAUGA